AUGAAAAAGGAUGCAGAUUUUAACGUGUUCUAUGAUGAGGAAAAGAAAAACCUUGUAGGGUUAUUAGUUGAAAAUAAUUUUGAUGAAAUAUAUGAGCCGUUAACAACUGAGAGUCUGAGAUUGUUUUUGCCGCUUAAUGGAGUGUACCUAAUUGAUUAUCAGUUACAUUUUUUUAAGCAAAAUAAUAUUAAAAAGAUUUAUAUAAUAGUAACUCAUCAUGAAAAAGAAUUACUUCAUUACAUUGAAAAGUUUCAAAAAAGUAAAAAAAGAUACCACGAUUUAAAUAUAGAGAUAAUUAAAUUGAGUAAAAAAGUAAAAACAUUAGGAGAUGCAUUGAGAGAUUUUAAGAAAUGUGUAGAAAUUUAUCAUGAUGUAUUAUUGUUACUUUCUGAUACAAUUCCAAUUGCAAAUGUAAAAGAAAUUAUAAAAGCACAUUUUACAAAUAAGGAAAAGUGCAAAAAUCAAAUUAUGACACUUUUCUUAUCUCAUUGUAGUGAUGAAUAUAAAUCACACAAUGACGAUUUUGUAAUAGGAUAUGACAAUUUUUCCUUCAAGCUUUUAUUAUUUGAAUCAUUAAAAAAUAAAAAUUAUUUAAUAUUAAGUAGUGAAAUAUUUGAUGAGGUAAAAAAAAACGAUAAAGCAGUAGCAAGUGGAAAAGGAAAAGGAAAAAGUGGUGGAUGUGAUGGAAGAAAGGUAAAUGAAAUAUCUUGUGUAGAUAAAUUAAAUGAAAAUAAAGAACACAAAUUUCCAUUGUCCAAUUUUAAUACAUGUACUAACUCUAUUAUUAUUUCGUAUGAUUUAGUAAUACCAAACAUUUUUAUUAUUACUCCUCAAGUUUUCAAAUUAUUUGAUGAUAAUUUUGAUUAUCAGUGCAUAAAAAAAGAUUUUAUAUACAACAUACUGAAACAAGAAAUUAAAAUAGAAGAAAUUUAUGUACAUAUUUUGAAUAAUGAUUACAAUUACACCGAAUGUAAUCAAAUAAUAACAACUUUAACAGAUUUUAGAAUAUAUUUUAAAUUUUUUAAAACAUUAAUUGAAAGAAAUAUACAUCCAUUUCUAGCCAAUUCUUCUCAUUUAUUACCAGAUUUACCAAAGUUUACGUUCUCGGAACCAGGAUUAUACAAGGCAAAAAAUGCCAUUAUUAAUGAUACCUGUAAAUUAUUAAAAAUUGUACUAGUUGAAAAUUAUACAGAAAUUUUAGAAAAUACAAUUAUUGAAAAUUCCAUUAUUUGUAAAAAUUGCAAAAUUGGAAAAAAUGUAAAAAUUGUAAAUAGUAUUAUAGGAAAAAACUCUAUAAUUAAAGAUAACGUAAUUAUACUCAGUUCAUUUGUCAGUGAAAACAAUAUCAUUAAUCAAAAUGUGCUUAUUGAUGAAUGUUGUGUAAUCGGGAAAAAUAUGAACAUACCAUUCGAUACACAAAUUAAUAAACAUACUAGGUUAAGUGUGUACAAACAUAUAAAGGAACAAAUGAAAUUGCACAAACAAAGCAAAAAGACGGAAGACAGUAGGCUUGAGAAUGAGGAGGAAGGGAAGAAGAGUAAGGAAGAUAAUGAGGAUAAGGAUUUUAUCACAAACGUAAACAAAGAUGUGGGUAUUAUGAAACUUGAGCAAUUCUCUAAUGCAGAAAUAAAUGGAGAAAGCACACGGAAUGAAAAUGCGAACCAAGAGUGCUAUCAGCCAACCUGUGCAGAAGUUGUUCAGGAGGAGAUGAAUGCCUCUAAAGAAGUAGAUGAAAUGAAGGUAGAAAUGGGUUCUUCCAAUGAAGUAGGAGAAAUGAAGGAAAAUGUGGAUUCUUCAAAAGGAGGAGAAAUGAAGGAAGAUGUGGAUGCUUCAAAAGGAGGAGAAAUGACGGAGGGGACAAAAAAAGGAACCCACGAAUGUGACAUUUUUAAUGCAGAAUCAUUUGAUCUGAACAACUUCAUCGUAAAAACCAAGUAUUCAGAGGAUCAGCUGAGGUUAUUUUCGUUAAUUGGGAACGCCGAAAAUUAUGAAAAAAUGAAAAUGGCUAAUUUUUCAGAAUAUGAUUCAGAAGAAGAAAGUGACGAAGAUUCUGUUUAUUCGACAUCUAAAAAUUACAGCACUUUGAGUGACACAAAUGUAAGUAACAAAGAAGAUGAAUUGAAUAAAGAUAACUCUACAAGCAUUAGUGAUAUUAAUAAUCACUUUGAAAAUAUAAAUGUGGAAAAUGAGAAAACCUCCUUUGUAAAAGAAAUAAGCUUACUGUGUAAAGAAGCACUUGAGAAACCACAAUAUAUGAGUCACAAAAUAUUGGAAAUGAAAAGUUUCAGACUUUCAUUAAAUUACACAGAUUUAGAUGUUAUCAUUUCAUUUUUUCCAAUUUUCUGGGAUUUUAUUAACAACAUGCAGUUUGAUAAAAAUACAUGGGUUGGAAAUUUCGACAAUGCAAAAUUGGAUUUGUUAUUUUCUUCCUUCCUUCUAGAUGAUCAGAUAUACUAUGAGACAAUUUAUGGGUUGAUUUUAGACUUUUCCAAAAAACAAUACUUGGAGAAUAAUGUUAAAAAUAAUAUAUAUGGCUCUGAUAAACUGUGCGGGGCCUUUGAAUACAUUUACCACUCGGAUAUAUUUGAAUUUAACCAUUUUAAUGAAUGGGUCUGCAAGAACGAAGCAGAUGAAUAUUUGACAAACAACAAGCGCUUAAAGGCUUUUGCAGAAUGGCUAUCAGAAGAAUAA